AUGCUGAAUUGUGCUUUAUUUCAUUCUCAGAUAGCCUCCAUUGUUGAGGUACUAGCUAAAACGGCCAUUGCAGAAAUAUGCGAGCUGGUGGACAAUGGCUAUGCGGCAUUGCAAACGGAGAUCUCGCGAAGCCAAAAAGAGAACAAAGCCCUGAAGAGGGAACUGCAAACCACGAAACAGAGAUUAGCGCAGCAAGAAAAGAAAAACGGCUCACCGCAGGCCCCUGUAAACACUGGCUAUAGAAGAGUUAAGAUAUGCGAUGAAUUAAGAGGGAUUGCAGGAAAGGAGGUAUUUUUUCCAAACGAAGAAAGCCAGCUAUACAGAAAAUCAGAUGGGAGCCAGGGGGAAGACCGUGAUCACGCCUUUGUGGAGGAGGAAUACGGUAUGGUCAAGUCUGCUUUGAAAGUGAAGCCUACACAACUGGAAGAGGAAAGCCGUGACUUGCUUAUAAAACAAGAGGGACAUGAAGAAGACUUUGGGAGUAGCAAACUACAUGGAUGUCUAAAUGUGACAGGCGUACUUGUGGAAUCAGGUGCUGCUGAAACAGUUCCAGUUCUGGCAAAACAAAGUACCCCAACACAAGACCCCGGACUGCACUUUGAGCAACAGAGAACUGGCCAGCUUUUAGACAGAAGUCAUCUGGACACGCUGGUCCAUGCAGGAUCAGAGAAUGAGCCUUUUAACCAAAGUUUUGAGCAUCAAGGGUCAGAACAGAGUUCUGCAAAAAUGGACAGUGUAAGAAACAAAUAUUUCAUGAAUGACAGGUCAGAUCAACUGAACGUCCUCUUAUCGCCGUUGAACAGUGGCAGAAGGACCAGACAGUUAAUGGGAUCCUACGCCACAGAGCUGAAUUCACAGAGAGUGUCAGCUGACUCUGAACCUCCGCUUGGCCCUUUUUCAGAUGAGUAUGACGAUGACAGCCUGUGUUCUUUAGUAUCUCAAGAUGAGAAACCGGAUCUGAUCAUGAUAGACUCGGCAUCCAUGGAGUUCGAGUUGCAGCCUGAAGAGAUCGAAGAGACGACGUCAGAAUCGGCGCAGAACCAGCACGAGCGUUACAGAGAGCGAAGCAGAGGCGAGAAAGGGAACUAUCUGCAUAAGGGACUGUCACACAGUCAUGCAUUAGAGGAGCAGAGCACGGCAUUCUGUGACCCACAAAAUAUUACCGGAAAUGUCUUUUAUGAGAAAAGUCUCAAUAUGCUGAGAAGCGCAGAAAUUUACCAGGAAGCUGAGACUGUGGGGGGCAGGUUUGUAGGUACAGGGCCGUUCAACUGCUUGCUUUGUGGAAAGACAUUUUCUCAGCUGAGUCAACUUAAGAAGCAUCAGCUCGUCCAUACAGGAGAAGAGCAGUUUAAAUGCGCAAAGUGUGGAAAGUGCUUUGCCAACUCUAGUAAUCUAAAGAGACAUCAAACUGUUCACACUGGCGAGAGACCUUUUAGCUGUGCACAAUGUGGGAAAAGGUUCUCUUUUGUAGGAAACCUAAAAAGACACCAGAGCGUUCACAUUCGAAAGAAGCUGCCCGGCUCUUCUGCAUUGGAGGAAGAAGUUUAGGCAUCAUUGAAAGAUGCAUUUCAAUAGAAGAAAAAUAUUCCUAUUCAUUUUUUCAAGACCUUUAGUAUCAGUGUGGACUUUAAUACAAAGGAGCAUGGUUAUUUACUUUAAUAUGUACUUGUUUUACCCCAUUGUCUACCAGAUUUAAAAGGACAGUUAUUCCAUUUACAGUAGUUCUUCCACUCCUCUUAGUCAAAUGCACCAAUUCAGCCACAGUGAUAUUUAAAUCUCUGUCUUGUUUAGACAGAAUAUCCGGCAAACUUCAUGGAGUCGAGUAAUGCGUGAUGAUGCUAUUCACUCAGUUACCCUCACACCGGAGGUGCCCAGACAGUAAAUGUCAUUCAGAAGAAUUUAGUGGGAGAAGCUAACGCAGGCAUGCCGUCAGUAGUGACGCUGAACAGAAAUCUAAUGUCACACAGCAGGAAUCAAAUGCAGAUUCCAGCUCUGACCUGUGCUCUGCUUUUGACUGGUGCAGAACCAGACAGGUGGAACUUGACAUUUAUACAAUUCUUUAAAUAUAAUAUUCGGACAUCUUGGCACCUCAGAGUUUUUAGGAAAGUGUUAAGAUGAGUUUUUCAUCACCUUAAUCAACCAUUUGGCAGAGGAAGGUGCCCCUUUGGCAUCUCAAAUGAUUUGAUGUAGUAUUAAGGCAAAUUUGAAUAAUGUGUUACGUUAACUGCACCUUCAUAACGCAUUCAUAGGACCUCAUAAGCAGCAUGUUAGUAUGCCUUAAUAUGUCUUAAAGCAUCCCAUUCAUAAUACUAUCAAUGGACAAGACAUGGUAAUGUGACAUGGCAGUGGUAAUAUAGGUUAAUAACAAACAUUAUAAUUGGGUAAUAGAAUGUUAUGAAUGUUUAUUAAAACUGUUAAUGAAUGUUAGGUUGUUAAGGUAUGCUUCCAGACUGCUUAUGAAUGUUCUACGAAUUAUUAUAAAGGCAUUAUGAAGGUGCAGUUAAUGUAAAGGGUUACCCAAAUUUGCUCACAAAGGGAAAUGGACUGUAAAAUGUUUGGUUGUUUUCCCUUAAGAUAACUAUAAAUCAGUCAGGCAAAAAGUAUGAUAAUUUAAUAUAGUAUGGCAAACAAAAUCCUAUUGUGAAAACCCUGAAAAUGAAGUUCUCUUGAGGUUAACUGUACUGUGUGAAUGGUGUUGUGAUUUAGCUGACAAUAAAGUAAUUAACCUGCGUACA